CCAACGUUUGGGGGGGGGGGGCGCGCUCUCGUUGUCCAGCAAAAUGUCAUUCCGACUGCAAACAUGCCCAACCUCCGGCCAGCAGUUGGUCUCCCCCCGUGGAGCAAAGUGGCAAUUGACCGUCUCGAGUGACCCGGAGACCACGUGACCGGUCCCUCCUCCUUCCCGGCCGCAAGGUGGUCGGGGGGAGAAACACCUUGCCUCCCACCCCUUGACUCGGGGCCGAUGUCCAAACUCAAGGCGUCCUUCCACUUGCACUUCCUCCUCGGUGCAACUUUGGCCGUCCGUCGAAGCGCAGCCGACAAGCCGUCCGGCCGCUGGUCGCGAUGUUGUCCUUCCUUCGACCAGCCGGGGCGGGGCAGCUCCCGCCCGAGAACGUGCACAUCUCCUCUCUGCCCUCCGGUGUUCCCGCCGCGGACGAGCCUCGGGACGCCGACAGACAAGAGGGCGCCGUCUGCGGGCAGGAGGUCGUGAUCCGGACCGGGCACACGCAGCGGGGCGCCUUCCUCUACGGACACGACCCCGGAGCCGCUUCGGCCACUUAUUUGGAGGAGAGCGUCCCCGUGCCCCAAGAGGACGACGAGGGCGGCUUCAGUUUCCGCAAGCUGUGGGCCUUCACCGGGCCGGGCUUCCUCAUGAGCAUCGCCUACCUGGACCCGGGAAACAUCGAGUCGGACCUGCAGUCUGGAGCCAAGGCCGGCUUUAAGCUUCUGUGGGUGUUGCUGGGGGCCACCGUCGUCGGCCUCCUGCUGCAGAGGAUGUCGGCCCGGCUGGGCGCGGUCACCGGGAUGCACCUGGCCCAAGUCUGCCACCGCCACUACCGCACGGUGCCCCGCGUCCUCCUGUGGUUGAUGGUGGAGCUGGCCAUCGUCGGCUCCGACAUGCAGGAGGUGAUCGGCUGCGCCAUCGCCUUCAACCUCCUCUCGUCCGGCAGGAUUCCUUUGUGGGGCGGCGUCCUCAUCACCGUGGUGGACACGUUUGCCUUCCUCUUCUUAGACAAGUACGGCCUCAGGAGGUUGGAAGCCUUUUUCGCUUUGCUCAUCGCCGUCAUGGCCGUCGCCUUUGGAUACGAGUACGUGACGGUGAGACCGGACCAAAGCCAGCUGCUGAUGGGGAUGUUUGUGCCGUCUUGCCAAGGCUGCGGCGCCGUCCAGCUGGGUCAGGCGGUGGGCAUCGUGGGCGCCGUCAUCAUGCCCCACAACAUUUACCUGCACUCCGCUCUGGUCAAGUCUCGAGAGGUGGAUCGCUCCAGCAAGAAGCGCAUCAGCGAGGCCAACAAGUAUUUCUUCGUUGAGUCCUGCGCGGCCUUGUUGGUGUCCUUCAUCAUCAACGUGUUUGUGGUGGCCGUCUUCGCCGAGGCCUUUUAUGAGCGCACCAACGCGCAAGUGAACCAUGUCUGCAACCGGACGGGGAGCCCGCACUCGCACCUCUUUCCUCUCGACAACCGCACUCUCGAGGUGGACAUCUACAAGGGGGGAGCGGUCCUGGGCUGUUUCUUCGGGCCGGCGGCCCUCUACGUCUGGGCCGUGGGCAUCCUGGCAGCCGGUCAGAGCUCCACCAUGACGGGAACCUACUCGGGCCAGUUCGUCAUGGAGGGCUUUUUGAACUUGCGCUGGUCUCGCUUCGCUCGGGUGUCGCUGACCCGCUCCCUGGCCAUCGUGCCCACGCUGCUGGUCGCCGUCUUUCAGGACGUGCGCCAUCUGACGGGCAUGAACGACUUCCUCAACGUGCUGCAGAGCAUGCAGCUUCCGUUCGCCCUCAUCCCCGUCCUCACGUUCACCAGUUCGCCGUCUCUCAUGAAGGACUUCGCCAACGGCUUGUUUUGGAAGCUGUGGGGCGGCCUCGUCAUCCUGGCGGUCUGCGCCAUCAACGUGUACUUUGUGGUGCUUUACGUGGCCGUGCUCAGCAGCGCGUGGCUCUACGCGCUGGCCGCCUUGCUGGCCGCAGCGUACCUGGCCUUUGUGGGAUACUUGACGUGGUUGUGCCUGGCGGCCCUGGGAGCGCCCUGCCCGGACCCGAGCGGCCGCAGACGGAACGACGCCGGCGUCCUGAUUGAGCCGCGGCCGGAGUUUGAUUCCUAAAGGGCGCGACGUGCCUUCGAACGGCCCCGAGGUCGCCCGCGCAGGUGACGAUGCUUCGGAAGUCGGACUGAAUUCCUAAACGGGUGUUGCGUGGCGGCGGGCUACGCCACCGAGGCCUCCUUUCAAUGUGAAUGUGGCGCUCAUCUGAAAGAAAAAACCAAAAAAAGUCUCUUUUUUUUCCACUUGUUUUCAUGAGCCAGGUCAGCGUUUUUCUCGCUGAGGUCACACGAUUUUGAUGACAUAAAAGUGGCCCCAAUGCUAAGCAGCCG